UUUAAUUUAGAUCUAAUGAUCUUUAGGUUGUUACAGCUCCUGUUUUAUUAUUAUUAUUAUUAAUGUUAUUAUUUAUUUGCCUCCUGAAAGGUUUUAACCUGCUGCCACCAUGUAAAGCACUUUGUUUUGAAAAUCGCUGUAUAAAUUUAUUUUUUUAUUAUUAUUUAAGGCUGCAUCAUGUUUGUGUUGUUUUACUUUGAAAGUCAUCAGAGGAAGUAGUUAAAGAGAUUCUGAAGUUGGUUUUAAGUUUCAGCUGCCAGAGACUCACAGGAAACUCAGCACUUUAUUAGGGUACAAGUACACCUAGUACAGCAGUAACACAGUAGUAUUUACAGUAAGUAGUUCCAGCAAUACAAUAACUUGUACUUCAGUCAGCAGUACUCAGGACUCUACAGUAGUACUCAGGACUCUACAGUAGUACUCAGGACUCUAACAGGUAGUACUCAGGACUCAGUGGACUCUGAUGGCUAAAUGGGGUGAAGGAGAUCCUCGGUGGAUCGUGGAGGAGAGAGCCGACGCCACCAACGUCAACAACUGGCACUGGACAGAGCGUGAUGUCAGCGGCUGGUCAUCAGAACGCCUCCGUCAGCUGCUCCUGGCGGUCCGGGUGGAGGGACCUGAGGGUGUCUGUCAGGUGACUGACGUCUCCAAGCUGGACGGAGAAGCUUCCAUCAACAACCGCAAAGGAAAACUGAUCUUCUUCUAUGAGUGGCAGCUGAGAGCCAGCUGGCUGGGGACGACCAGCAGCGGAGUCAAGUACAGAGGAACCGUUGAAGUGUCCAACCUGUCAGACGAAAAUGACUUGGACGACCUCGAUAUCUCAGUGUCUCUGUGUAAGGACCAGCCCAACACGCCGCUCCUGGACCUCAUGAAGAAGAGCGGGGCUCAGGAGGUCCGGAGGGUUCUGGGCGACUACGUCCACCAGCUCAAAUCAGAGUUCAGUCAGGGGAUGAUCCUUCCCGCCGCACACGGACCGAAGCUGCCGCAACCUCAGACCAAGCAGAAGCAGGUCUGCACCAGUAAGACUCAGAUAAGCCCCGCCCCCAGGGGCUCCUCCAGCCCCGCCCCCUGUCCUGUUCGUAUCUCAACCUGCAGCUUUAAUCUGAAGGAAACCUUCCAAACGUCACCUGAUGAGCUCUACAGGACCUUCAUCAACCAGGAGUUUGUGCAGGUGUUCACCCGCUCGGCGGCGGAGGUGGACGGGCGUCGUGGAGGGAGGUUCCAGAUGCUGGACGGGAGCAUCAGCGGAGAGUUCACAGAGCUGGUAACAGACCAGAGGAUUGAGAUGAGGUGGCGGUUCAGGACGUGGCCCAGCGGUACGUCUUCC